AUGCAUUCAAUCAGCGGACGGACGUCGUCUCCUAUCCAUGCAACUCGUUAUUCGAAACGCAGAAACGGAAUCGUCGACGAUGAUCGUCGCCAACAAAACGUCAGUCGAGGCCGUGUCCAGGAUACGUGCCUUGAAUUCCACGGUAUUCAGUGGAUUCUAGCUAAAACUGUUCGGGAGGGUAUGAAGGAUCGAAAAAUUGGUGCUCCGCGACCUCUUCCGAAUACAUACACUAAGACAAAGCUUGCAUUUAUUUGA